AAAAUCGCAAUCGCGGUGUCAGUUUUGAGAAAAAUAAAAACAAAUAGUUGAAAAAUUUCUGAGUCGUCACAAGCUUUUUGCGAGUUUUUCUGAAGUUGAAGUGAAAUUUUUAAAAGUGAUUUUUUUUGUAAAACCUCAGUUUCAAUACUGAAUCAGUUAUCUCUCUGAUUAAAUAAAAAUGGAGCCGCAUCAGCAGGGUGGUAAGAACCGUGGCAAAAAGAAGCCACAAGAUGGCCAACAGCAUGGAGGUGGUGGCGACGGAGACCGCUCCGGAGGUGGAGGAGGAGGCCAAGGCAAAGGUGGUGGCGGUGGCAAGAAGGGUCAACAGCAGCAGCAACAGGCCCAAUCAGGUGGUCAGCAGCAGCCUCAACAUGGUCAAGGUCAACAGCAGGGACAAGGACAAGGAAAGGGGAAGUACAAGCAAAAACAACAACAACAGCAGCAGCAACAGCCCCAGGCGCAACCUCCAUCGGCACCGGCCGGCGGUUCUCAACAGUAUGGUGAUUUUCUCCAGAAAAUGCAGCAGCAGCAGCAACAGGUGGCACAACCUGCUCCGGCACCGGCUCCGGCUCAGGCUGAGCCGCCGAAACAAGCCCAGGGCCAACAGCAGAAGGGUGGUGGCGGCGGUGGAAAGUAUAAACAAAAACAACAGCAAAAGCAACAGGAGCAGCAAGAGCUGGAGAAACAACUGGCCGCACAGCGACCCCAGCAACCGCCGGCGGCUGCUUCCGCUGCCCAAUCGCGUUCCACUGCAAGCCCCGAGGGCUCGCUUUCGCCGACCCACGGUGCAAUCCAGCGCGUCGAGGAGGAUCUGUCCGGCAUGAAGAUCGACAAGGGAAGCGGCAAAUCCGCCCUCCGCCAGGUCCUGAUCCGUCCGGGAGCGCACGGCAGACGUGGCAAGGUCACCAAGCUCGAGGUCAACUACAUUCCGCUGAUGCUGGAGAAGAUGGUCUCGACGGCUUACCACUACGACGUGGACAUCCAGCCGAUGGCGUCCCGCAAGUGGCAACGGGCCGCCUUCAAGCGGUUCGAGGUGGAAGCGCUGGCCGGCCAGCCGAUCGCGUUCGACGGCAACAAGAACGCGUACACGGCGAAAAAGCUCAAGCUGGACCACUAUAAAAAGGAGGUUGUGGCGCGCGAGGAUAACCGCGAUCGCAAGUUUACCAUUACGAUGAAGGAAGCGGCGGUGGUGGAUUUGCAGUGCUUGAAGAAUUACAUGCAAGCCGGAAGUGGAAAUGCGAACCUGGUCAAGCCGAUGCGUGCCAUCCAGUGUUUGGACGUGGUUCUGCGCACCGCGUACGAGCUCAAUCCGAGAUUUGUUAAGUCCAAAAUAUCUCAAAAACUAAUGGUCCUAUUUUCAAUGUUGAAAAAUGAAACAUUUGUGAAAUUUUCUGAUGCGUUCGAAAAAAAUAUUAAACAAAAAAAACAAAAAGGUAAAAUAUUUGAUUUUACACUAAAAAAUGAAAUCCAAAAAGCGAGUUAAAUAUAUAUUAAAGAA